GGCGCGAGAGGAGGGCGUCGCGACGCUCCUGAAACGGCCGUUUCGUUCGCGGAUUUCAGUUUUCAGUGCUUUUCGGUUUUAGUUUCGGCAAGCUUUACGGCGUAUGAAUUGACUCUCUCAUUUUUUCCACCACAAAAUGUUAUGGAUGGAGAAAAUCGCAUCAUCCUCAACGUCGGCGGCAUUCGCUACGAGACGUACAAAGCGACCUUGAAAAAAAUCCCGGCGACUAGAUUAUCCCGGCUGACCGAAGCCUUGGCCAACUACGAUCCCAUCCUCAAUGAGUAUUUCUUCGACCGACAUCCGGGCGUUUUUGCACAAAUACUCAACUAUUACAGAACCGGCAAGCUGCAUUACCCCACCAACGUGUGCGGCCCUUUGUUCGAGGAGGAGUUGGAGUUUUGGGGGUUGGACUCGAACCAAGUCGAGCCCUGCUGUUGGAGCACGUACAGUGUCCACAGGGACACCCAGGCGACUCUCGCCAUUUUGGAUAAACUCGACAUUGAUACAGAAAGACCGAGUGAUGAAGAGGUCGCCCGAAUGUUUGGCUACGAGGAAGCUUAUUUCAAUGGGACUUUGACCACUUGGCAAAAAUUCAAACCGAAAAUUUGGGCGCUUUUCGACGAACCGUAUUCCUCGUCCGCGGCUAAGGUACCGCCGAUCAACGUCCAACAUCGAAAUAUCGUCGCCGGAGCCUCAAUUUUCUUCAUUUGCGCUUCAGUGUUGUGCUUUUGUCUGAAAACCCACCACGGAUUCCGCGUCGACUGCGACCAAAUCCGGAAAAACAUCACCGAAGACGUCAAUUGCACCGAUCCUCACCCGAAUUUUCUCACCGUUGAACAUAUCUGCAACGCCUGGUUCACAUUCGAGUUCGUCGUCAGACUCAUCGUGGCCCCCAACGUGAUCGAAUUCGUGAAAUCUCCCGUCAACAUCAUCGACUUCUCCGCCACUUUGAGUUUCUACGUCGACAUGAUCCUCAUCUUUGAGAAAAAGUCGCAAAUAUUGGACUUUUUCAGCAUCAUCCGAAUUUUCCGACUUUUCAAACUCACACGUCACUAUCCAGGCCUGAAAAUCCUCAUCCAUACGUUCAAAGCGUCGGCUAAAGAGUUGGGAUUAUUGGUGUUUUUCCUCGUUUUGGGGAUUGUCGUUUUUGCCAGUCUGAUUUUCUACGCUGAAAAACUGGAGGAGAAUCCCAAAAACAAUUUCAAAAGCAUCCCGGAGGGGCUAUGGUGGGCUAUUGUUACCAUGACUACAGUGGGGUACGGGGAUAUGGUCCCCAAAACCUACGCUGGGAUGUUCGUGGGGGCCCUCUGUGCCCUCGCCGGAGUCUUGACCAUUGCACUUCCGGUUCCGGUCAUCGUUUCCAACUUUUCCAUGUUCUACUCACACACACAGGCUCGUUCCAAACUCCCGAAAAAACGCAGAAGAGUCCUUCCCGUCGAACAACCUCGACGAAAAAAAGUCGAAACAGCAACAAAUCGACGAAUGAACGCAAUCAAACAUCAUCAUCCGGCCGUAUUCAAAGAUGCUUUCGGUGGCGCCAAAUUAGGAAACGUAAACGGAGUCAAUGUCAUCAGUUUGGCUCUUCAAGGCCCUUCGGUCCCUAGCAUAGCAGUCUUGCAUCACAAUGGACCCUACAACUUUCAAGGGAGUGAGCCUGUGUCAACCCUCCCGCUGCAGCCGCGCCCCGCCACGACCGGUAGCGUCGACAUGCUCCCCCUCCAGCCCAAAUAUCUCCCGAAUUUCGAUCGGGAAUCGCGAUCUGAGCCUCGCGAGAUCUCCUCCAAGCCCGAUUCGAGUCCUAUGAAGUCCACCGAGGCCGAAAUAGGCCUCGCCAGUGUCCCUGCAAUGGCAAUCGGGAGUUCCACCGAAGUCCUCGUCAGUAUCGUCGAAAACCAAGCCGGUUUUCGGCGCAAUUCGUUCAUGUUUACGAAAAGUCCCGAUUGUGAAGUGGUGAAAUCACCGAGUACUGAAAUGACGACGUCAAUGGAGUCGAACGGAAGUGACCGGAAGUAAUUUUUGUCUUUUGUCGAUUUUUCAAGCACGAUUUCCUGCAAACACUCGGCCCUUGCAACCUUCGAUGUUUCGAUGUGUUUUGUGUUUUCAGGAGGAGAGGGGGUGCGGAGGGUGAUGCUCAUUGUAAUUAGGAGAGUAUUUUUAUAAUAACCUUUUUCAUUGUUGGAUUAAUAAAUGCUU